GAGAAUAACGCACCAGUGAGCACCGGGGUCUGCGCAGCGCCAGGCUCGGGCCGGGGGGGCCUGCGCGGGAGGAUUGCACAGGAGCUGUCUCUCCUUUCAUGCCAGUGAGCGGUUGGCGGAAGAGUCUGGACAGAGCCAUUACUCACCAGUCUCCCUUUUGUUUAACCGCCCAGCAGUGCUUGUCUGGAGUUUUGAAUAGGAGCAAAACUUGGAAGCAGCCAGAGAGAGAGACACAUCCCCGACCCCCGGCUGCAGGAGCCCAGGAUAACUGCGUGGCACAACACUCCUGCUUCAUGGGGAGCCGCCCCUUACCCUGGGAGAAGAGAGCACAGAGCCAUCUGAAUGAAGGAUAAAGGGAUGCCAGCGUGCCAGCUCUUGGCACUGGCUUGCAGCUUGCUGGGCUCUGCUUUGGGGGAGUUCCCGGUACACCGGCACCCGGAGAAGCUGCCCCCCCUGGUGCCGCUGCAGCAAGCUCCAGGCUUGAAGGAACGUUUCCUGCUGCUUUCCCUGCACAACAAACUGCGGAGCAAAGUCCAGCCGCCCGCUGCCAACAUGCAGAGGAUGGACUGGAGUGAGAAGCUGGCCCAGCUGGCCCAGGAGCGAGCAGCCAGCUGCCUGGCAGGGGCCCUGCCCCGCCCUCCGCACCACACCCGGCAUGUGGGCUGGAAUGCCCAGCUGCUCCCCGCCGGGGCGGCCAGCUUUGCUUCCGUGGUGGAGCUGUGGUUCAGCGAGGGACGGAGCUACGACUAUCACACAGCACAGUGCCUGGAGAACGCCACCUGCAGCCACUACACCCAGCUGGUCUGGGCCACCUCCAGCAGGCUGGGCUGCGGGAAGCAUGCCUGCAUCGCGGGCCAGGAGAGGAGAGAGGCUUUCGUCUGCGCCUACUCCCCAGGGGGGAACUGGGAGAUGAACGGGAAGACGAUUAUCCCUUACAAGAAAGGAGCCUGGUGUUCACUCUGCACCUCAGGAUGCUCCGGAUGCUUCAAGUCGUGGGAUCACAGUGGGGGGCUGUGUGAGGUCCCCAGGAACCCCUGUCGGAUGAGCUGCAGGAACGACGGGCGGUUGAACAUGAGCACCUGCCACUGCGACUGCCUGCCAGGGUACACGGGCCGGUACUGCCAAGUGAAGUGCAGCAUCCAGUGUCUCCACGGGAGGUUCAGGGAGGAGGAAUGUUCCUGCCUCUGUGACAUCGGCUACGGUGGAGCGGAGUGCGGCACGAAGGUUCAGUUCCCUUUCCACACCUGCGACCUGAGGAUAGAUGGGGACUGCUUCAUGGUUUCCUCUGAGGCAGACACGUACUAUGGAGCCAAAAUAAAAUGCCAGGGGAAAGGAGCCGUGCUGGCCCAGAUCACAAAUCAGAAAGUGCAGGAUAUUCUGGCCUUUUACCUGGGGCGUUUGGAACCCACCAAUGAGGUGACAGAGCCGGAUUUUGAGACCCGGAACUUCUGGAUCGGUCUGACCUAUAAAACGUCCAAGGAUUUGUUCCGCUGGGACACCGGCGCCCAGUACUCCUUCACCAGCUUCGCGUUCGGCCAGCCAGACAGCCAGCGGUUUGGGAACUGCGUUGAGCUCCAGGCAUCAGCCGCCUUCAACUGGAAUGACCAGCGCUGCAAGACCCGAAACCGCUACAUCUGCCAGUUUGCUCAGGAGCACAUCUUCCUGUGGCAGCCCGAGCCCUGAGCCCGCACCGCUUCCGGCUGCUGAGCGGUGGGCGCGACGUCGCCUCCAGCCCGCACGCGGCUUGAGAGAAAGCACCCGCUGCUGCUGUUCUGCCAGGUCCUCUACCGCCCACCCUGGGCGCUCGGCCCAUCCCAGCCGCGCUGACACCCCCCUGAGGGCCGGGGGUGGCGCCAGGACCUGCCGAAUGCUCCGGGAGACAGCGCUUCCCGGGCUGCCCUUCCAGACCGGAGCGGGGCCGUGGGGGGUGGGGGCCUGACUCCACCAGAGCCAUCGCAGUCGAGCCAGGUGGGGGUCUCUGGGGUGCAUCCCAGCCCCGAGCUCCUGUAGAACAGCCCCUCCCUCACACAUGGCUGCUGGGGCAGAGGCAGCUGCUUCGUGUCCCCACCCCCUUCCUCUGGGGCGUGACGGCCCGUCUGCGCGGGGAGCCCCUCGCUUCUCCCGGCUGUGCCAGAGGGAGCAGGGCGCCCCCCGGUGGUUCCCCCAGUCCAUCGCUCUGCGGCCCUGAGACGGACUAGGGCCGGCUUAGCGGACUCUGCGGGAGUCGCUGGUGGGAGCGGGCUGGGGAGGUGAGUGGCACAGAGUCUGUCCUGCCUAGAGCUGGCAGUGCUGUGCCAGGGCUGUGGGCCCCCCCAAAUCACAGCCGAGACGCGCCCUGCGGAGAAGGCAGAUGUGGCUCCUGGUCUAGGACUCGGUGUCCAAUCGCUAGCCAGGGCCAUCCCGCCUCCCGCUGUAGCCCGGCUGCAGGAGGCAGCCUUCCCCGGGCAGGCAGGUGCAGCGUGGCCACGCGCUCAGCCCCACGCCCCUUCGCUGUGCCAGUCGGCCAAGCCACGGCUCAGUGCUAACGAAGCCGGAUAGCUCCAGUACCAACCCGCUAACCUAGCAGAGCCGGCUCUCAGCUCCCGGAGCGGCCUAGAGGCCUCUUCUUUCGCGCUGUGCAGCAGCUCUCCGGCCGGGGCACUGCCUAGGCGACAGGAACUCGAGACCUGGGACUGUCCCUGUCUCCAGCUGCGGGGCUGGCCCGGGGGAGCGGCUGGGAGCCACCCGCCUUGGUAUGGGGCAAAAGGAGGAGAAAAAUGGGGAGUGGUGAAAGCAAAAGCCAGGGGCCCUCCUCAGCCUGUCACCUGCUCCCUGCUGCAAUCAUCUCUCCUGCCACUUCCCACUGGCAUCCUACACUGGGCUAGGGCUCCCCGUCCUGCCUGCCAUCCCAGGGCUCGGCUCACCGUCCCCCUAAGCUGCUGUCCUGCACCCUGCCUGGCCUAGAUGGGCAAGGCGGGAUGGCUUAGGGGUUUGAGUAUUAUCCUGCUAAACCCAGGGUCGUGAGCUCAGUCCUUGAGGGGGCCAUUUUAGGGAUCUGGGGCAAAAAUCUGUCUGGGGAUUGGUCCUGCUUUGAGCAGCAGGUGAACUAGAUGCCUCCUGAGAUCCUAUGAAGGAGCUUCUCUGCCAAGAGCUGUGUGUGGCCAGGUCCCCCGGAAUGGGAGGGUUCCAGAGCACACCAGACCUCAGCUCGACAGUCCAUGUGGGAGAUUGUGAAGUGCCCUGCAAAGAAAAAGCAAGGGGGGCUUGGGCCAUUUUCUGUUGGGGGCAGGGGCUCUGCUUGGGUUUUAUACUGGAAAUUCAGAGCCUGUCUGGCCAGGCAGACUUGCAGGCAACUAGGGAGCUAGUGUAAAGAGGGAGGGAAAGACGAGGUUUAGUUAUUAGCACUGGGUGGGGGUGUCUAGGAUCAGGCCAUGGUGCAAGGUGCUGUACAUACACACAACAGAGACAGCCUCAGCCCCCAGGAGCUCACGGCCGAAGGAUUUAAAACCACUGGUGUUUGCCACCAGCUGCUGUACUCACUGCCUCGGGAACGUUUUGGAGAAGCUGUUUUGGGAGAGAUUCCAUACACACACUGCAUAUCCCUAGGGACAGCCAGCAGCUCCUCCGGCCAAGUUAACCCCAUCACCCGGCUAUUUCGCAGCAGGAAAGGGCCGAAACCCAAACUAAACCCGCUGGCCCAUUCGCUAGCCUAACAAAGCACCGACAGGCACCAGCCCUGGGUUAGAACGUCUGCUACAGGCCCCGUGAAAGGAGCUAACCGUGACAUUGGCAUUAGUCCAGCCCAGCGCCUGGCUCACUGCCCAGGGGAGGGAUCUUGGGGGUGGGGGGGGAGGAGAGAUCCUGUGGGGGGUGGGGUAUAUGAUGAUGUUGUGAAUAGUCAGGGGAAAUUUUUUUCAUCUGAAACUUUUUUCCCCUCUGAAAAAUGCAGCUUCAGGUCAACUGAACCGUUUGGCGAAUUCACGGUGAACUUGCCGAAUCAGUCAGGGGAAAAGCCCCGAACCCUCGGCAAAAAUUGCCAAAACCGUCACAACAUUUCCCCCACGUCAACAUGAUUUUUAGAUGAAAUUUCCUUCAAUGUUAUUACAAAAAAAUUAAAAAUCUUUUAAAAGGUUCAGAAAAUAAAUGAAACAUUUUGUUUAGUCUGAAACAACCCCCCAACCUUUCCAUUUUAGGUCACCCUCCAGCCAGUCCCGUCCCCCCCCCGCAGCCGGGCUGCCCCCUGCAUCUCUGCAAGGACUCAGCACGAACACCAGCACGUCACCGUUUAGAACGCGCCGCACCAACGUUAACCAAAUCAUUCUCUGCCAUUUCCAUGGGGAGCUGGUGGGCCAGAGGAGAGUGCAAAGGUGCCAGUGGGGGAACCCCACAUGGGAGCAGGGGAGUGCCCCCAAAGGAGCAGGGAUCCU